AUCUUGCGGUUUGUUUCUACUCUACACACUAUUGUGGACAACUGGAGUUUGCACAGAAAUUUUAUUUUAAGUAAAUAAACUGUCAUCUUCAUCAAGCUACUCUUGCUCAACAGUUAGUGCUGCUCGUGAAGCUGAUAUUAUGGGAUUAUCACAGUCUCUUAACUGUUUUUAUUCUAAAGGAGAAGCUAUUGCAGAUUGCAAUCAAUUGAAAUGCAAUGUAAAGUUUAUGGGAAGAACGCGCUCACAGUCUGGACUUGGAGAUGUCUGUAAGCUUUGCAUUGAAGCUUAUACCAUAUCAAAAAAGAAACUUAAAAACAAGGAAAAGUUUCUAUUUGAGAUACAAGAUGAUCACUUUGUCAUUGAAGGAAAAAGAGGAACCAGGAAAUUAGCUCUUAGUUCUGUCACAAUCAUUAAAAGUAUCAAUAGUGAUAAAACAUUUCUUGUUAUCAUAAAAGAUAAAGAUGGUACUUUCCAUGUGGAAACCUACAGUUCCACUGAAAAGGCAAAAAUGAACGAAAUCUGUGAUUUCUUCAAGACUCACCAAAGUGGUGUCUUUUCUGAAAUUAGUAACACCAACGAUAAUGAUAACGAAAUGUUUCCUGAUGAUGUUGAGCCUGCUAUGGAAUAUACUGAAUCCUCUGAUGCUGCCCCCAUUAGCAAGCCUAUAGAUAAUGAUCAUUCAUAUCAAUCUAUUGACAUCAAUUUCGAUGACCACUCUUCAACUUCUACUGAUGUCAAUGCUGAUGCUACAGUGAUGGAUGCUGCUGAUGGUGAUAAUAGUAUGGCUAAAGUCAAGGGUCUGAGUGGCUUAAUAACUGUACCAGGCAACAAUGAUGUUGUUCCUGUUGACACUACAUUCACGACCAAUAUUGAAGGAAUCAUCAGUGCCAUUAGUGAUGACACUAUAGCUGCCGAUAUCCAGAGCACUACAGCUCCUCUUGCAAAUAAGAGCUCUGCUCUCGAUGAUUCUAAAAAUAUAGCUGAUGAUGAUUUCUUUGGUGAAAUUCAAGAAGAAUUAGAAAAUUGGGCUAACAAUCUCAUCAGCAUCCCCAAUUUGAGGACUCCAGAGCCUCCAGUGAAACAUGUCGAGUUUGCUGAGGAAGAUGAUGUCCUCAGCUGUAGCUCCAGUGAUGUCUAUUAUGCUCUUAGUUCCAGUGAUGACUCUCUUGCAUCAAUUUGGCAUCUAUUUGGUGCUGAUCUCUUGUAUUCCUCAUAUGAAGAUGAGGAUAGUGAGAAUAGUGACAGUGUUGAAGAUGAAAAUGACUAUGAGGAGACAGAAUCUGACUAUUCACCUUCAGAAAUGGAAGACACCUGGAGUACAUCAUCUUCUGAAUAUUCACUUGAUGAUCACGGAAGAUUGACAAGGUCUGAAUCUGCUCCUGUUGUGAUACGGCCUGAUGCUAGUAGUUUGUCGUCUUAUGAAUGGGAACACACUCAAUCGUGUUGAACACCCAGUGGCCAUUGGUUGCUGAAACAAUUACACUAUUAAUUAUUAAUGUAGAAUUGUAGAUUAAUGUAGCUCUAGCAAUGCAUACACUUAACAUGCUUAAUGUAGCUCAGUUAUUUAAAAUUUAAAAUUAA